GCCUUUUUUUGUGUGUGUGCAGAAAGAGAAUAUUGCAAUGGGAGAUGAGAUUGUUGUAGGAGACCACCAACCAUUGCAUUCAAAGGAGGGGAGAAGUACCAUAAGCUUGAUAUUUUUCAAGUUCAUCAGUGCCAUCUUCUUGGCAGCUGCAAUUUGCUACCUCUUCGUCAGCAACUUUGAUGCAUGGACAGUGGAUGCUGAAAAAUUCUCCAUGUCACCGGGGAAGCAAGAUGCAUUAAACAUAGGGCCUUUGAACAAGGAAUCAACUGUUAAAAAGCUGCAGUUGAAGAAAGAAACAUGUGAUCUUUGGACUGGAGAAUGGAUACCAAACUCUGAGGGACCAGGGUACACACAUGAAACCUGCAAUCAAAUACCACCAUAUGUAAAUUGUGUGAACAAUGGGAGGCCUGAUACAGGUUACCUUCACUGGGGAUGGAAACCAAAUGCCUGCGACUUACCUCCCAUUGAUCCACUAAAAUUUCUGAAUGCAAUGCGCAAUAAAUCAUUUGCAUUCAUUGGUAGCUCGAUUUGCCACAACCAAGUGUUUUCCUUGAUCUGCCAACUAUCUGAGGAAGAAAUGGCUCAUGAUAUCUAUCAUGACUCAACAUACAACACUAGGACAUGGUACUAUCCUUCUCACAACCUCACAUUAUAUGUGAUAUGGGCUCCGUAUUUGAUUCAUUAUGAGACUAUUGAUAACCAUGGAGAUGCAUCACAAAUUAACUUACACCUUCACCUUGACAUCCUGGAUACAAAGUGGACCAGUGAGUAUGGCAAAUAUGACUAUGUGGUCAUCUCCAUAGGCCCACAUUUCUACAAAUCAAGCAUCAUAUAUGAGAACAACCAAGUCAUUGGUUGCCAUUAUUGUCCUCACCUGAACCUAAAAAAGUUUACAAUUAACGAGCUUUACAGCAAGGCACUCCAGUUCAGUCUCAAGUUCAUUGCCACGUCUGAGCACAAUCCCUUUGUAAUCUUUAAGACAUGGUCACCAGAUCACUCUGAGCAUUGAGAACUGCCUAAUGAAAUAGUUUGCAAUAGGACUAGGCCAUUCGGAGAAGGGGAAAUCAGUGGUGGUGAUGGCAUCAUUAUGAGGGGAGUUGAGGUUGAGGAGUUUGAGAAGGCUGCUGCCACUGGAGCAAGGAAUGGGGUAAGAAUGGAGCUACUUGAUGUUUACCAUCUUUCGCUCUUAAGACCUGAUGGGCAUCCCGGUCCUUACUGUACACACCAUCCAUUUGAUGGUGAUAAGAAGAAGAAAGUUAAAAUCGAUUGCAUGCAUUGGUGCUUGCCUGGCCCUAUUGACACUUGGAACAAAUUGUUAGUAAAAAUGGUAAUGAACGGUGACAUUGAUGACUCUAUUACUGCUUCUGCUUUGCUUUAGAAUGUCACUUUUCAGUGUUUCAUUUGUUGUAUGUUUGAAAGACUUUUAUAUGUUUCUCUUUUAA